AUGGCAAAUGCCAUCCUCUAUGUGUAUCUCUACAACCGCAUCCCUUUAUUUAUCGCGCUUGUGGUGCGCCCAUCUCCCUAUCGGAAACUCUGGUUCCUCCCAAUCCUAUGCCUCAACAUCUGGUUGCUCUUCUGCGUGCCGAAUACAGGAGAGUCACCAUCAACGUCCAACUCUCUAGGAUGUGCCAUUUUUUGCUCCGUUCUCACCGCGUCCGACUUUAUCCUCCUCACGGAUGUGCAGAAAGAACUCCGUCUACAGAACGAUAAACGGGAUAUUCCCGCUUCGUCGCUGAGCGCGCGCAUGGUUUGGGCGCUCAAAUUAAUGACGUCCCAGCGUGCGGUUGGCUGGGCACAUGAGCCCACAGGACGCAUCCCCGCAAAGCCGAAGACCUCUCGGUGGACUUUCGUUGUUUCGAGGUUGUUCUUGGGAGCGUGCUAUUAUAUGCUCUCUGACCUCCUUCGAAUUUUGGCGCAAUGGCGUUUUGCGGUUGUCAGGCGGGGGACGACCGAUGUGGGAGCACUGGGGUCAUUGCUGGAUCGAAUGACCUACCUGACAGCGCUGGCAGAGGUACAGAUGGGACUGACCAUGCCGUAUAUUUGCAUGUCGGCGGUGUCGGUUGCGCUAGGGCUGACGGAACCAAAGGAAUGGCCGGCAAUGUUCGGAAGCUGGAGUGAGGCCUAUACUAUUGGGCGAUUCUGGGGACGGACGUGGCAUCAGAUGUUGCGCAGGCUCCUGACUGUCCACGCCAAGUUCGUCGUCAAAGUCCUCCACAUCAAAAAUGGCACGUCCUUGUCAUGGCAUGUUCAACUUUUCGUCGUGUUCACCCUAUCUGCUCUUUUGCACCUGGUGGGAGAGUACAGAAUCUUCAAUAACUGGACUUCGGGCGGGGCAAUGAGCUUCUUUGUGAUUCAAGCCGUGGGGAUCACAAUUGAAGACAUGAUCAUCGCCCUCGCUUCGAAAAUCGGGUUUCGUAAAACCACAUCACUUUCCAAACUCGUUGGAUAUGUUUGGGUUUGUGGUUGGUUAACUUGGACGAUAGUAUGGUGGAUUGGUCCAUUGACGAAAGCCAGGUUUGGUACGCCAGAUGACAAGCAGAGCGUAAUUUUGGAGUUUUUUCAACGAGCACUCGCAAACGAGACAUUCAGCAUAAAAGGACAAUAA